UCCCCAAGUCGGCCAAACCUUAAACUUGCACUUUAAGGACUGGAGAGAGGGGAUGAAGGGAAAUAUUAAUGACACGACAGGAAUGAAGAAGUUAUUGGAGGAAUAACGCGCCGGUACACGCGAUGUCCGUUUAUAGUUUCACUUUUACGCGUCUCGGUUCUUUCUGCCUCCAGUGACUGUGCAGCCGCGGCGGAGCCAACACAACCAACAAAAAGCCAACACAACUCCACAAGCAGCAGCUGAUCUCUUCCUCUGGUCACCGCCUGAACCCAGUGACAGGAUUUGUCUACACUAGAAUAUGCAGUAGAGGAACCAGCGGCAUCAACACAGUCAUCUUCACAUAUACAGUAGAUUCUCCCUGACAUGGCCUCCUCUCCCGGGCUGGAUGCUCACCCGCUGCUUCAGCUCCAGGAGGUGGACUCCAGCAAAGCCUCAGAGAGGCCGAACUCACCGGGACCCCUGCCCGCAGUGUACAGCCCUCCUCUGGGCAUGGACGGCCACACUGUCUGUAUCCCCUCUCCGUACACGGACAGUAGCCACGAGUACAACCACGGCCAUGGACCUCUGACCUUUUACAGCCCGUCUGUGCUGAGCUAUGCCAGGCCCCCCAUAAAUGACAGCCCAUCAGCCUUCUGGCCCUCCCACAGCCACCCCAACAUGCCCUCACUGACUCUGCACUGCCCUCAGCCUCUCGUCUACCAUGAACCCAGCCCACAUGCGCCCUGGCUGGAGCCCAAAGCCCACAGCAUCAACUCCAGCAGUGUUUCUUCCUGCAGCUCCAUCAUCAGCUGUAACAAGCCUCUGGUGAAGAGAGCAGAGGAAGGAGUGGAAGGCAUGAACUCCUCCUGUUCCUCUGCAGCAGGGAAAGCCGACAUGCACUUCUGCGCCGUGUGCCACGACUACGCCUCUGGGUACCACUACGGUGUGUGGUCCUGCGAGGGUUGCAAGGCUUUUUUCAAGAGGAGCAUCCAAGGGCACAACGACUACAUCUGCCCCGCCACAAAUCAAUGCACUAUUGACAAGAACAGACGUAAAAGCUGCCAGGCCUGCCGCCUUCGUAAAUGCUACGAAGUGGGCAUGAUGAAGUGCGGUGUAAGGCGUGAACGCUGCAGCUACAGAGGGGCCCGACACCGCCGCGGUGGACUCCAGACUCGGGACCCAACUGGCAAGGGUUUGGUCCGUUUGGGGCUGGGUUCUCGGGCCCAGCGGCAUCUCCACCUGGAGGCUCCUCUCGCCCCACUUGCCCCCCUCCCUCAGGUGAACCACGUGCACCACUCGGCCAUGAGUCCAGAGGAGUUCAUCUCGCGCAUCAUGGAGGCGGAACCUCCAGAGAUCUACCUCAUGGAGGACCUGAAGAAGCCCUUCACCGAGGCUAGCAUGAUGAUGUCCCUCACCAACCUGGCAGACAAGGAACUGGUCCUCAUGAUCAGCUGGGCUAAGAAGAUCCCUGGCUUUGUGGAGCUGAGUCUGACUGACCAGAUCCACCUGCUGAAGUGCUGCUGGCUGGAGAUCCUGAUGUUGGGCCUGAUGUGGAGGUCAGUGGAUCACCCGGGAAAACUCAUCUUCUCUCCAGACUUCAAACUGAACAGGGAGGAGGGACAGUGCGUGGAGGGCAUCAUGGAGAUUUUCGACAUGCUGCUGGCAGCCACCUCUCGGUUCCGCGAGCUGAAGCUUCAGCGGGAGGAGUACGUCUGUCUGAAGGCCAUGAUCCUCCUCAACUCCAAUCUGUGCACAAGCGCCCCUCAGACAGCAGAGGAGCUGGAGAGCAGGAACAAGCUGCUGCGUCUGCUGGACUCGGUGAUCGAUGCUCUGGUCUGGGCCAUUUCCAAAAUGGGCCUGUCGACCCAGCAGCAGACUCUACGCCUCGGACACCUCACCAUGCUGCUCUCCCACAUCCGCCACGUCAGUAACAAAGGCAUGGACCAUCUGUCCACCAUGAAGAGGAAGAACGUGGUGCUGGUGUACGACCUCCUCCUGGAGAUGCUAGACGCCAACACGUCCAGCAGCGGCAGUCAGCCGUCGUCCUCGCCAAGCUCCGACACUUACUCUGACCAGCAGCAGCAGCCGCAACCUCCGUCUCACCUGCAGCCGGGCUCACACCAGUGCAACACCGACCACGGCACUGUGCCUCCACAUGGCCCCGGCGUAGACCAGAUCCUGGACGGACACCUGCAGGCUCUGCCCCUGCAGUCCUCACCGCCAUUUCAGAGUUUAGAGGUGCCCCACAUGGACAGCAAUGAUUACAUCCCUCCGGAGCAGUGGUCACUGGACGCGGGAGACGCCGGUCCAUCGGUGGAACCAGCAGACUACAUCAUCCCAGAUCGAGUUGUCAUGGAAACUGCCUUGGUGUAAAGGGACUGUAAGGGACAAACUGAGACUGGACCUUAAAUGGCUUUUCAUCCCCCAAAGAUCAAGAAGAGGAAACAAAAAUGGAUUUUAAAAAAAAAAAACAAAAAAAGUGCUAUUGUGAGGUAAAGUUUUUUUUUUUUUUCUCUUGAGAUGUUUCUAGUCUUUAAAAAUAAUGUUUUUGAUCGAAUGUAUAUUUUGUGUGCGUAAAUAUUUCUUGUGAAUGUGCACUACAGUAGGUGUUCAUGAGAACAUCGCUGAAACCUUUGCCAGUCAGUUUGAGCUCUUUUUUGAUAUACAGUAUUUGUAUCUCCUUUUUCCACCUCGGUGUAACAUCCAGAACAAGCCGUCUACAAACCGUCUGCAGUGACUUACAGAAACCUGGUGCAUGUUGUCAACACAGUUAGCAUCAAUUCCCAUAAGCAUUUGUAGUCUUAUAGCUAAAAAAAGGGCAGUGUUUUCUACUGCACUGUGGUGUUUUUCUCCUUCACUACUACUGUGUACUUUGGUGUUUUAAUCAGUGACUGUUCAUCCAGGAUUUUUCUACUCUCUUUGUACAAACUACAUGUGUCAGUGGAGUCAAGAAACAGCAGUUUGUGGCCUUUUAACAAAAAUGACUGUUAGCAGAAGCUUUCUACUCUCUUCAUGUGGUUAAAUAAGGCUGGAUUUACACAAUAUGAUAUGUGGCACAGAUAGAAGUUCUUAGGUACACCAGCAAACGACACCUGAAAAAGUCAAAUCAAUAUAUUGUUAUUGAUGACAGGAUAGCUCUAAAACUGACUGCCUAAGCUCUUGAAGUUAUCAUGUAAAUAUAAUAACUUGCAAACUGUACAUAUAUUUAGGGUGGCCGUUUCAUUUCCACAUCAAAAAGGAGGACACUUUGCAUACACGGGGACACGCAAGCAGAUAUUUGUUUGGUAUGAUCCGGUUUUAAAUGUUAAUGUUUUUCCACCAGAUUACAUAAAGGUGCAUACACAUACCACAUAGCUAAUAACAAAUAUACAAGAUACAGCUCAUGACAACGUGCCCUUCCAAUUCAGAUUACAUAGGUCUAAUAAACAUCAUACAGAAACUAUUCUUAAUGUUUUUAUCUGGAUAGAUAAAAGGGAAAACAAAUGCAGCACCUUCUGUUUCAGAUGUAUAGACUUUGCCUAUCUACAUAUGAGUAUGAGCAAUUUCAGAAUUUCAGUCCAACAACCGACAUUAGCUCACUUUAGUUCUCUGACUGAGAGCUUGAUUGACAGCCUGGUGGUAACUUAGCAACUGCAGUGAUCCAGUGGCGAAUCAGCACAUGGCUCAUUUGAAUAUUAACAUUAGCCAUGUGUUGAUAGGUCACACGAAAAUGUAACCAAUGAAAUGACUUAGUCUGACACACAUUUUUAGCCAAUAAGUAUUAAACUAACGAGGUAAUGUGUCAGAAGGCGGACUGUUUUUAGUUCUUUUCUCAAAAGGAGGACAAACGAGUGUAUACGGGGCAUUUAAAAGCGGACUAAAGCCGGACGAAUGGCCACCCUACAUAUGUUAUAAUUCUAACAUACAAAAAUGACAUGCUAAUUGUAUACAUUCUGACAUGCUAACUUCUCUAUGUAAGCCAUAUUUUAACAAUGUAUCAAGCUAAUGUGCCAAACUAAAUGUUAGCAUGUUUUUAAUUACUAGCUAAACAUUAAAAUGUAACCUUAUUUGUUACUAUGUAUACUUCAUGUAUUUGUGACACUUUUAAAAAGUAAUAAAUUAAGUCGCGUCAGCCUCAGCUGUACUUUAACACCAAAGAUAACAGGCUAAUGCUAGCAUAUGAUCAUGCCAAAUAUCACAUACAAAGAUUAGUAUUCUAACAUGCUAUCUUCACCACAUUUGCGAUGUGGCAAGCUAACCUGUUGCGUACUGUUAAUGUGCACAAUUUGAGUUCAUGUGUGACCUUCGAAUGAGCUCGGAAAAACCGACUAAGUGAACUUUGAGUUGUCGCACAAUACCGUCCAGGUCAUUAAAAUGAAUGACUGAAUUUCUUUGCCUUAGCUGUACAAGACUAAAGCUAACAUACCAAAUGCUUCCAUUCUAACCCUAUGCAUUUUAAGAUGCUAACAAGCUAAAAAAAUAACAGAAUAAACAUUAGUAAUAUGUAUGCAUAUUGACAUUCUCACAUAAGACAUUCUUGGCACCAGCAUAAGAGAUAAAAACUGUAGUUUAACAGGAUGCACAUCCGUCUCGUGCAAUAUCAAUGUACGCUCAAUAUGAGAAUGUUAACAUGCUAAUUGUUUGCAUGUUGAUAACUCACAUCAGUAGGAAGUUAACUCUGUAGCAGUCUAGCUACACUCAAAUUCAUUAAAAAGAGAAGAAAUGUAGUCCUGUUUUACUUGCUGCACAUUUACAGAUAAAUGUAUAUAUACUUAAGUUCAUAAUUGUAAUAAUGACUGCUGUAGCUUUAGCUGUAGUAGUGAAGCUGACCGUGAUUACAUAUUAUUAUAUGUGUUAUAUGUUAUUAUAUAUCAUAUAUUAAUAUGCUAAUAUCAGUGCAUAUAAAUAACCUGCCAAAUACAUUUGUAGCCUUUUCUGAACUGUUUAAAUGUUUGUUAAACUGCAAUGAAAGCAAAAUGGCAAACCAUAGUCCAGGUUAACUUAGUGCACGUAUAUGUAGUGAUUUUAGCAGAUAUUUUAUAGUUUGCAACAAUUUCAGGAUCUUUAUGUACUUUUUAUCUAUAAAAUAUUAAAUAAACAUAGAAAACAGGAUUCUCCGUACAAUAAUAAUUGUGUUAAAGUACUGACUCAGCACAGCGUAUGCUGUUUAAAUACUAUAUUAAAGUAUAGUAGGCUACACCUAAAUUGCACAUAAUGGAAUCAUCACUGUCCUUCGCUAUAAUUUAUGCACUUUCCUGAAUGGAUAACACAUGAAGAUGGAUCUGAAAUGUGAGAAUCAGUCCAGAACUCACUUGUUUUGUUGUUCUUGGCUUCACAGGCAUGAGGAACUGUUGGCUACAAGUCCUUAAACUAUUUGUCUUUUUACACAUUUAAAGCCUCGUGUUUUGGACUCGUUUGCUUUGGUGUUUUGGAUUUAAGCUUUCAUUAAUCACUCUGCUGUUCUCUUCCAAGAGAACAGUGGUGGGAACAGUCGGUACCAUCCAAGUUCAAAUUGCUUUGUUUUGAUCCGGCCAAACAAACUGAAACAGUAAAUGCUUCAGAAAUUUGGAUAAGCUUCCCCAAACGCAUCAUUUAGGUCCUUUCUGGAUGUGCGGUCAUGAGCUGUGCCACUUUCCUGCCUGUGUAAAUUCAGCCUUGGUGUCAGAUUAUUCUACCACUGCAAAUAGACAGAUACAUGUUCACUGUCCUUUCUUUUUCUGCUGUCUGUGGCUUGUACAUGCAUGCAAACACACACACACACACACACACACACACACACACACACACACACACACACACAUACAUACACACACACAUCUGAUGCUGAAAAUAUUUCUCUGCAGUUUUUGCAAACAUGCACAUUCAUAUCUCAGAUCUCGUUGAAGUCAAUUCUGUUAGUCCUAGCGAUACAUGUACACAUACAGCCACAAAUCAUGGCAAACACGGUUUAUUGUCAGUCAAAAAUGACAAUCUAUACAUCCCAUAAAUAAGAGUUCACAAAAUAAAUCAAACUUUACACACUU